AUGAGCUACCAAGCGAGCCCGGCUGGCCCGACACGCCGGAGCAUCACGGCUUCGUCGGCCCCAAAAGCUCCUGCCCUCGCCUAUAACCAAUCUGACAUUCCGAUCAAGUCGGGAAUGAUGAUACGCCUACCGAGGAUACCCGCAAACGUCAAUGCCGCGGCCUGUGUGCUUGCCGCUGGCUACGGAGGCCUGCAUAUCGCCAGGCGCCCGACAGGGCCCAGGUUGGAUCGUUUUGUAUGGUCCGAACAUCGAUCGACCUGGCAUGAUAUGACUAUACCGUCACUCACCCACUACCAGCACCAUCAUGGGACCGUCGUGCCCGAGGCCUCGUCUCCACCUUACCAAUUAACACCCCACAUCAUCACGACUGGCCGCUCCCGUUCCCUCCAUUCUAAGCCCACCUUUGACUGGAUACACAAGACUUACAUGGACCACGGCAGCAAGUGUGGCCUUCCCAGAACCGAGCUUUCCUACAGGCCCCGUUUGCCGCCAGCCGCCCCGGAAUGA